AGAGAGAGAGAGAGAGAGAGAGAGAGAGAGAGAGAGAGAUUCGUAUGGCUUUUGUCCCUGCUGCGUCAGAAUCCAUGUUUCCAAGCCAUGAAGAUAGCCAUCUUGCAUCCAUCACAAGGGGCGGGUUUUCAUCGUCGUGUGAUCCUCAAGACUUCCACGGUGUUUCCCAAUUCUUGAUGAGGAGAUCCAUGUCGUUUUCGGGGCUCGACCGGAGCGAGGAGGUGCCGAUGGAUGACGACAUGUCGGACGAUGGAUCACAACUCGGGGAGAAGAAAAAGAGACUGAAGCUAGAACAGGUGAAAGCACUGGAAAAAAGUUUUGAAUUAGGUAAUAAGCUUGAGCCUGAGAGAAAAAUGCACUUGGCUAGGGCUUUAGGAUUGCAGCCUAGGCAAAUUGCUAUAUGGUUCCAGAACAGAAGAGCAAGGUGGAAAACUAAGCAAUUAGAGAAAGAUUAUGACAUUUUGAAGAGACAAUUUCAAGCUCUCAAAGCUGAUAAUGAUAACCUCAAGACUCAGAACAGAAAACUUCAAUCUGAGUUAAUGGUUCUGAAAAAUAGAGAACCAACUGGACCACCUAUUAAUCUGAACAAAGAAAAUGAGUGUUCUAGGAGCAAUGGAAGUGAAAAUAGUCGUGACAUCAACCUAGUUACAACAAAAACCACCUUAGCUGCUGACGGCAAAUUAUAUUCUCAUCCAAGCAACAAACUGAUUUUCCCUUCAUCAACUGGACCCACAAGUUUAACACAGCUCCUUCAAAGUUCUUCAAGAGGUCCAGAUCUUCAUCAGGGCCACAAGAUUGAUCAGACGGCCACUAAUGAAGGUAUUUGCAACGUGUUCAGCGGCAUUGAUGAAAACCCAGAUUUUUGGGCAUGGCCAGAGGAGUAAAAAUUUCACGACUUAUGAUGUUUAUUUGUGUUCAAGGGAGGUAAAAAGCCUAAAAUGUUACAAUUCAGGUUUCUUUUUUCUUUUUUACUUUUCUUUUUAAUACUAUGAUAAUUUCUUGUAUCAUAUGAUUAUGAUUAAAUAAUAAAAGAUCCAUGUUACUACA